AGCAUAAACCCACUAACCAUGAGAAACCCACAGGCCCCGCCUGCCAGCGCGCAGGUGGAGGGUCCUUGGGGCCGAGCUGCCCGUCCUCUCGCUCUGCGGCCGGAGGUUUGCAGGACCAGGCCCUUUAAACUCGGGGCACUGGAUGGCGAGAGAGGCUUUGCAGAGGAGCGCUGCGGCCCCUCUUCGCCCAAACCCGCCCAGAUGCCCGCAGCCCCCAGUGCCCCGCUGACUCGAGGCGGUAAACCCGGGCUCCGGCGGCACCUACAACGGCGUCUCUGCGGGAGCCAGGGGGGCGCCGCGGCCCCACCCGCUAGCUACUCCGUCCUCAUCGCCGGUGUUCCCCGCCCGCCUGGGCGGCACCACCCGCGUAGCCCCGCCCACUCCGGCCACUCCGCGCCUGCGCACGCGGCCCGUGUGCUCUCGUGGCACUUGGCGCGGCGCAGGGCUGAGCGCGAUCCCAUCAGCCCUCGCGCCGCGCUGCCGCGCUGCUGCGCUGGCGGGUCCUGGGAGCGUCCGCGCGGCCGCGACCCCAGGGCGCACGGCGCAGGCGCGGCCCGGUGGGGCGGCCGGCGUAGGGUGGGCCGAGCGCCGGUGCGGCGACGUACGGGAGGCCGUGCGCACGCAGGGGGUGUGGCUGCACCGCGCGGUGGGGCCCUGAGGCGCUCACUGCUCCGAGUUGGAGUCACUGUCUUCGGCUCUAGGGUGACACUGGGACUCUCGCCCUCGGAGGGAGACGCGUUCGCAAGGUCCCUGGCUGCAGAUUCGUGGACCCUUUCCGUGGGCGCCUGGCGUAGCCGUAGCAUGGCGGCCCCACCAGACCCCCAGUUUGUCCUCCGGGGCACCCAGUCGGCGGUGCAUGCGCUGCAUUUCUGGGGAGGAGCCCAGGAGCAGGGGCACCAGCUUCUCCUCUCAGGGUCCCUGAGUGGGCUGGUGCACAUCUGGAGCCUGCAGACACGGAGGGCGAUCGCCACCCUGGACGGGCACGGGGGUCAGUGUGUGAUCUGGCUGCAGACGCUGCCCCAGGGACAGCAGCUCCUCAGUCAGGGCCGAGACCUGAAGCUGUGCCUGUGGGACCUGGCGGAGGGCAGAAACGCCGUCGUGGACUCCGUGGGCCUGGAGAGCGUGGGCUUCUGCAGGGGCUCCAUCCUGGCCCGGGGUCAGCAGCGCUGGAUGCUGGCUGUGCCCGGGGGAGGCAGCGACGAGAUUCAGAUUCUGGAGAUGCCAUCCAAGACGUCAGUGUGCACCCUGAAGCCAGAGGCAGAUGCCAAGCCAGGCAUGCCCAUGUGCCUGGAGCUGUGGCAGACUGACUCCAGCCCCCGCCCGUGCCUCCUGGCUGGCUAUGAGGAUGGAUCGGUGGCCCUGUGGGAUGUCUCCGAGCGGAAGGUGUGCAGCCGAAUCGCCUGCCACACAGAGCCCGUCAUGGGCCUUGACUUUGACUCCCAGAAGGCCAGGGGCGUCUCGGGCUCCGCGGAGAAGGCGCUGGCUGUCUGGAGCCUGGAUGAGCAGCAGGCCCUGCAGGUACGCAGGACUCAUGAACUCACCAAUCCUGGGAUCUCUGACGUCAAGAUCCGGCCUGACCGAAAGCUCCUGGCCACUGCGGGCUGGGACCAUCGGGUUCGCGUGUUUCACUGGCGGACGAUGAAGCCACUGGCCGUGCUGGCCUUCCACAGCGCUGUGGUCCACUGCGUGGCCUUCGCCGCAGACGGCCUGCUGGCCGCGGGGUCCAGGGAUCAUCGCAUCAGCAUCUGGUCGCUCUACCCACGCUCGUGACUUGCCCACUCCCUGUUCUGGACACACGGAGGACAGAGAGGUGGCGCCCACACUUAGGCCUGACCCAGGCAUGUGGAAGCCAUGCUCAGGGCCCCUGUGGACAGCAAGUCACCGCUUCUCCUCCUCCAGUCUCGAGAAGAGCUUGGUCCGUGGAGUCCUCGCUUUUUGCACGCGGCUUGUUUCCUCCUGUGAAAUAGGGCAUCUGUGCAGCCGUGACUCUGCAGUUUACAGGGUAACUGGGCAGACACCUGGGCACGCGUCACCUGGGUAAGAGGCCAUGCGGGUGCUUUACAGUAAACUGAAAGUUGCGAACCUG